CUCCUAACUCCGACGCUCCCUUUUCAGGUUCCCCGGCCCCCGCCAAGUCCCCAGCACUUGGGAAGCAGAUAUAACUCCUAAGUCCGACGCUCCCUUUUCAGGUUCCCCGCGGCCCAGCCACCUACCCAGCUUCCCAGGGCCACUAUGGCGCAGUUUGACCACUUGAACCCCAACCUCCCAGAUCUGGGCGGACCCUUCCUGUACCGGGACCAGGACCGGGAGCCGGCGGCAGGAGAGCGGAGUCCCUACUCGGUGGAGACACCCUACGGCUUCCAGCUGGACCUGGACUUCCUCAAGUACGUGGAGGACAUCGAGAGCGGCCAGUGCCUGCGCCGGGGGCCCGCUCCGGCGCGCCGCCCCCGGGGGGCCGCCCGCCCCUGGCCCGACCCCCGCAGUCCCGAGUCCCUGCCGCCCCCGUCCCCCAAGGGGCCCGGCCGCAACCCGCGGGUGGAGAAGACGCUGCUGGAGACCAGCCGGCGGCUGCAGCUGGAGCAGGAGCGGGAGGCCUCGGGGCGCUGCAGCCCCGCGCCGCCCGUCAGCCCCGCGCCGCCCGUCAGCCCCGCGCAGCUGCAGCACGUGCGCGAGCAGAUGGCCGCGGCGCUGCGCCAGCUGCGCGAGCUGGAGGGCCAGGUGCGUGCCAUCCCCGCCCUGCAGCGCCAGGUGCGCACCCUGCGCGAGGAGAAGGCACGCCUGAUGGCUGGCCUGGCCGCGGAGGCCGAGCCCGAGCCGAGACCGGGCAAGCUCGGGGAGCUGCGCCGGCUCACGGAGCGCCUGGCCCAGCCCCGGGCCGGGGAGGGCGGGGGGGACGAGCCGGCCGCGCCGCGCCACCGCCACCACCACCGCAGCCAGCGCGAGGUGGGCGUGAGCGCCGUCCCGACGGCUUGCGACGCCGCCACCUGGGUGACGGAACCGCUGCUGGGGCGGCCGGCCGAGGCCGAGCGGGAACUGGAGCUGCUGCGCGCCCGCCUGGAGCACCAGCAAGGCCUCAGCGCGCUGCUCGAAGGCCGCUUGCGGGAGGCGGUGCGGGAGCUGGAGGCGCUGCGCCCGAAGGCCACCCAGGCCCAGCUGGACCCUGCCCUGGGAGACCCGGCGGGGAGCAGCCCCGGCCUUGGUGCCCUGAAGUCCAUCAUGAAGAGGCGGGAUGGGGCUGCCGCCCCUGAGCCCAACACCGGCCGCAAGAGCCUGCAGUUUGUGGGGGUCCUCAAUGGAGAAUACGAGAGCUCAUCCAGCGAAGAAGAGUCCAGCGACGGAGAGGCGGAGGGACCCGAGGACAGCAGCUCCGGACCAGACAGUUCCGACAGCGGCGGCGGCGGCGGCGACUCUCCCCCGAUUACCGCGGAGAGCAGUCCCACUGAAGCCCAGGGCGAUGAGCAGCCUCCGUCCAGCCCAGAGCCUGGCCCUCAGGAGGUCAAAGAAAAGUUCGAGUUGAGCCCCCGCAUGAGGGACGCCUGCCUGAUGCUCAGGAACCAGCUGAGCCAGCCUGGAGGCGGCCGGAGCCGGGAGGGAGGGCCAGGAGGCUGCAGCCUGGUGCAGCAAGAAUGGUUCCGGGUGUCCAGUCAGAAGAACUCACUGCCUGGGCCAGUGGCCGAUCAUCUGAUGGCGCUGGCCGAGCUCUCCCCGGCCCUACUGGCCCACGUGGUCAACCUGGCAGAUGGCAACGGGAACACCGCCCUCCACUACAGCGUCUCUCAUUCCAACUUCCACAUUGUCCGCCUGCUGCUGGACACGGGGGUCUGUAACGUCGAUCACCAGAACAAAGCUGGCUACACAGCACUCAUGCUGGCUGCUCUGGCCUCUGUGGAACAGGAGGAAGACAUGGAUGUGGUCAGAAGGCUUUUCAACCUUGGUAAUGUCAAUGCAAAGGCCAGCCAGGCUGGGCAGACGGCCCUGAUGCUGGCAGUGAGUCACGGGCGACAGGAGAUGGUUACAGCUCUGCUGGCCAGUGGGGCAGAUGUGAACUUGCAGGACGAAGAGGGUUCCACGGCCCUGAUGUGUGCCAGUGAACACGGGCGGGUGGAGACCGUGCGCUUGCUCUUGGCCCAGCCAGGUUGCGACCCUGCCAUCCUGGAUAAAGAUGGCAACAGUGCCUUGACUAGCGCUCUGAAUGCUGAGCAGAAGGAGAUUGCAGUGCUGCUGUAUUCCCACAUCAACGAGGCUAAGACCAUGCCAGAGGUACCGCUGGCUGAUGCUGAUGAGGACAGCAGCAGCAGCUAAGGGUCCUCGGAUCACCUUUCCUCCCUGCUCAAGCUGUAGGAUUUCUACACUGGCCCCAUCCUGUGAUGGAAAUGCUUCUAUGCUAACCUCCCCAGGCCCUUUCCCCACUGCAUUUAGUCUCCUGCUGCUCACUGAGCAGGUGCAGCAGAGAGGCCACUCUGUUGCCCCUUCUCAGCCCCAUCCUGGCCAAGUGGGGUCAGGGCUGGGGAAGCUGUGAAGCUGUAAUGUGAAUGUCUCUUCUGGAAACUUGCUUCAAAUAAGCCCCACCACUCAAAGUGAAUGCCAGCAUAGGAGGCUAGGCCCCACUCCAAGAAUGGCUGCAGGCCCUGGGCCCAGAGGGGAACUAGAAGCCGGCAAGAAAGCUCUGCUCACAGUGGUGUGAAAGGAAAUGGGAGGGGUAGCCUGCCAGGAAGUGGAUCGGGGCUACCCUCUCUGCCUUAAAACAGCAGAGCUGGAGGGGAUGUGGAAAAGCAGGGAAGGGCAGAUAAGUCAAUUUCUUGGACUGCUGGCUCCUACCUCCUAUAUAGAUCACUAAAAUGACCCCUUGCCCUAUUCUUGCCUGAAGCCCAGGAUUAAGACAUCCUGUCCCAAUAAAGUGCUAGGCAGCUGGAG